GGAAUGUUAUCGAUUGUCAUUUCCAAGCCAACUGGACGCCGUUUUUUAUUUCGAUCAGUAGUGGCGAUUUUAACGUCUGUGCAAUCGGGAUUCAUGAAAGAAAAAGCGAACGCUGCUACGUUUCCCGUUCCCAAACUCCCAACAGCUCCAGUACACAGAAUAUACUCAAUAUACUAUGCUCCAGUCGACUGCGACCUGCGACGACUGUGACUGGAACAGUCUGACCGGGCGACGGGGCUAGGAGCAUUUUCAGAAUUUACACUAUUGUCUGCUAUUGCUCCUAUUGCUACUCACGAGCGCAGAUGUCCUAAACUUGUAAACUGCUCCGAAAUGUCACUGCGAUUUUCUUGGAACUGGAGCAGUCACAUACUGCGACGUUGGUGGAGCUGUGACAAAGUAGCGGACUGCGAUUUCACAACCCACCUCUAUUCACGUCAUUCACAACGUCAUUACUAUCAAAAGUGCCAGGUGGUAAACUGUUUACAAAAAUUAAUGAAUUUUAAAGUAAAAUAAUUAUUUUUCGGUUAAUCGGACUUAUAACAAACAACGAUAUAACAUGGACGUUUUUUUAAUGAUAAGAAGAAAAAAGUUAACAAUCUUUACUGAUGCAAAAGAUACCACUACAGUUUUAGAACUAAAGAAAAUUAUUGAGGGUAUUCUUAAGAUUCCUCCUGCAAACCAGCAACUCUUUAAUAAAGAUAAUACUGUUAUGGAAGAUGGCCACAUGCUCCAAGAUUAUGGAUUAAACUCAAAUACUGCCAAAGCCCAAAGUCCUGCUACAGUUGGACUAGCAAUAAGAGAUGAUAAUGGUGUUUUUGAAUCUCUCGACUUAGUACCAUAUUCCGCACCUCCUGAUCUACCUGAUGUAAUGAAAUCCCAGGAAAGCAAUGGACAAGAGCAAACAAACUAGACAAAAGUAUUUAAUGAUUAUUCGAUUACAGAUAUUAUUUAUUACUAAUACUGUGUUCUUUAUUUUUUGAAAAAUACAUAUUAAAAACUUAUAUUUAAACAUAAUAAAACUGUUUUAAAUGUUUAAUGAAAAUAAAACAAUAUUUUUAGUGCAUUAUGAAUAUAUUUUUGGUAAAAUAUCUGGGAUUUUAUAUUUUUUGUAUGUAAUAUGCCUAAAUUUUGACUGUAUUUCACGGAAUAUUUUGUAAACUAAAAUAUUGUGAUAGUUUUUCUAUUUUAGAAAAAUUAACUCUCAUAUUAUGGUAUGUUUUUGCACACCUUGAUUAAUCUAAAUAGUUGUAUAUUGUAAGCUUUUGUAAAUUAGUUUAUCUAAGCUAUGAAACUUCUUAGGAUAUCUUUUUAUUUGUUUUGUUUAACUUAUUUAAACCAGAUCCUUGUUUGUAUUAUAUAGAAAAAUUCAUUUUCUAUAGUAUAUACAUUUUUAUUUAAAAAGGCUUGUUUUUCAAAUUAUGACAUCCAAAAAUAAAUGAUUUUUUCUUA